AAAGCAAAAACCCGUUCACAAAGUAAUCAAAAAGAAGAAGAGAAUUCUUGGCCAAACACAGAAAAACAAAAAUCAGAGGGAAAAUUUUAAAAAAUAAGAUAAUUUUGGAUUCUUUGGGUUGAUUUUCUCAAUGUCGGAAUCAAAGUCUUGUUUGGUCAAGUCACAAAAGUCGUCGUCGAAGUUAGAUUCCGACAUGGCAGCAGCGGCUGAACAGCUGAUUCAACUGAGCGAUGAAGACAACAACAACAGCAGCAGCUGCACCACCACCACCACUAAGACGAAGAUGAUCCAAGGCAAAAGAUCGUGUGAAGAUAUAACUUGCGCAAAGAUUGAAGAGAUUUUUGGGAAAGAAGAUGAGAUUUUGAGACCAGUUCAUAAGAAGCAAAAGUACAAGUCACUUGACAGAAUUUACAAGGAAACGAAGCCUAUUAAGGUUUUAGUUAAACGGAGUUAGCUUAAUUCGGUCCUUAUUAUUGGGUAAUUGGGGGGAAAAUGUCUAUAUUUUGUUGAGUAAAGGUUAAGUUUAGAUGAAUAUAAGCUGAAAAAAGUUGAAUACAGUUUGGCAAUGGCUGCCUAAUUUUCCUUUCAGUUGUUGCCAUGCAUUUGGAUUAUCUCAUUUUAUGUGGGAUUAUUUUUCUAGUACUACAACAUCAACUUGUUGGUAAUUUCAUUCCUUUAAUAAUAUCGCAUGUGAGGAUUUUGAAAAUGAAA